AUACACAUUGUUUUAUUAAUGAAUAAUAUUGUCUUUAAUUGUUUUAUGUAAUAAUACUUAAGGAAAAUGGGAAGCGACGACGACGUUACAAAGUCAGACACUACGGUGCCACAAAAGGAGACUAGCGAGCCUCUUGGUAGCGUUAAAAAACAUGUACAAUUUGCGGAAAUAAAGACUGAAUCAAUAAGUGGUAGUGAUGUUAAGGAUGAAGAAUGUAAACCAUCUAAAAGGCAAUUAGAAUCUGAUUCUGAGGAAACGUCUGAUACAUCAACAAGAAAGGAAAAAAUCAGACGAAAUGAUGCAGAUAAGACAUCUGAUGAGUGUACUACAGGCGAUAGUUUAGCUCACGAAAAAUCGUCUAUCAAGGAUCCAAAAGACCAAGAGGUUGAAAAUACUGUCAAUGUAAAGUCAGAGAAAGACAGUGACCAAAAGGAAACGGUUGAUAAGAAGGUAGAGUACGUAUCUCCCUUUAGUAAACUGAUUAAAACAUCUGGGAACACAUUUCUCCAAGCAGUUAAAAAGGACACCGAAGGCACUGUAAAAGAUGAAAUCCACAAAGCAGAGGAUUCACAGACACCAGCAGAGGUUAUUGUGAAAACCUGGGAGGCACAUACGGUCAUAGCAGAUGACGAGACAUUGCUAUUCGAAAGUAAAAACUGCAGUGUAGCACAUUACGACGGCAACGAAUGGACUGUGCCCAUUCCUGUGACAAUGCAACUAAUCGCAAAAAAGAAGGGGGGUUCAAAGCGUUUCGUCUGUUACCAAACCGGAACUGGGAAAUUACGGUUAAAUACAACAAUCCUUAGCACAAUGUCAGUCACCAAAUUGAAAACAAGGUCUAUUAUAUUUGCUGGGCAGCUAAUGGCCAACAAAAGGAAGCUUGCACCGCAUCGUAUUAUAUUCCAAGACCAGAGUGACAGAGACGCUUGCCACAAGCACUUUUAGUCAUGCUGCAUAAACUUUUGUACCGAUGUCAAAAGAUCGCGAUGUUGUUUGCGAUUUAUCGCGUCCAGUUCGACUGUACGUCGUUCAGCUCUC